AUGAAAACUCCCGCGUACAGAUACUCUAUUACCGGCGUCCUUCAGACAAUUUUUGGCUUUCUUUACGACUUACAACCGCUGCUCGGAACUGUUUCCACAAUUGGUGUGGAGCCAGCCCUUCAGUGCACCCUUUCAGUCCCUUCAGUGGCACCCUUUCAGUCCCUUCAGUGGCACCAGCCCUUCAGUGGCACCCUUUCAGCCCCUUCAGAGGCACCCUUUCAGCCUUCCAGUGGCACCCCUUUCAGUCCCUUCAAUGGCACCCUUCAGUCCCUUCAGUGGCACCCUUUCAGUCCCCUUCAGUGGCACCCUUUCAGCCCCUUCAAUGGCACCCUUUCAGCCCCUUCAGUGGCACCCUUUCAGUCCCUUCAGUGGUCCUUCAGUGGCACCUUCUCAGCCUCAGCAGUGGCACCCUUUUCAGUGGCACCCUUUCAGCCUCUCCAGUGGCACCCUUUCAGUCCCUUCAAUGGCACCCUUUCAGCCUCUCCAGUGGCACCCUUUCAGCCCUUCAGUGGCGCCUUUCAGUCCCUUUGGCGCCCUUUCAGCCCCUUCAGUGGCACCCUUUCAGCCUCUCCAGUGGCGCCCUUUCAGUCCCUUCAAUGGCGCCCUUUCAGCCUCUCCAGUGGCACCCUUUCAGCCCCUUCAGUGGCGCCCUUUCAGUCCCUUCAAUGGCCCUUUCAGCCUCUCCAGUGGCGCCCUUUCAGUCCCUUCAGUGGCACCCUUUUCAGCCUCUCAGUGGCGCCCUUUCAGUCCCUUCAAUGGCCCUUUUCAAGUGGCCCCUUUCAGCCCUCUCCAGUGGCGCCCUUUCAGUCCCUUCAUGGCCCUUUCAGCCUCUCCAGUGGCACCCUUUCAACCUUUCACAGUGGCACCCUUUCAGCCCCUUCAGUGGCACCCUUUCAGCCUCUCCAGUGGCACCCUUUCAGUCCCUUCAAUGGCACCCUUUCAGCCUCUCCAGUGGCACCCUUUCAGCCCCUUCAGUGGCGCCCUUUCAGUCCCUUCAAUGGCGCCCUUUCAGCCUCUCCAGUGGCGCCCUUUCAGCUCUCCAGUGGCACCCUUUCAGCCCCCUUCAGUGGCGCCCUUUUCAGUCCCUUCAAUGGCGCCCUUUCAGCCUCUCCAGUGGCACCCUUUCAGCCCCUUCAGUGGCGCCCUUUCAGUCCCUUCAAUGGCGCCCUUCAGCCUCUCCCAGUGGCACCCUUUCAGCCCUUCAGUGGCGCCCUUUCAGUCCCUUCAUGGCAUCCUUUCAGCCUCUCCAGUGGCACCCUUUCAGCCCCUUCAGUGGCGCCCUUUCAGUCCCUUCAAUGGCCUUUCAGCCUCUCAGUGCACCCUUUCAGCCCCUUCAGUGGCGCCCUUUCAGUCCCUUCAAUGGCACUUUUCAGCCUCUCCAGUGGCACCCUUUCAGCCCUUUCAGUUUCAAACCCUUUCAGUCCCUUCAAUGCGCCCUUUCAGUCCCUUCAAUGUUUCAGUCCCUUCAAUGGCACCCUUUCAGUCCCUUCAAUGGCACCCUUUCAGCCUCUCCAGUGGCACCCUUUCAGUCCCUUCAAUGGCACCCUUUCAGUCCCUUCAGUGGCACCCUUUCAGUCCCCUUCAAUGGCGCCUUCAGCCUCUCCAGUGGCACCCUUUCAGUCCCUUCAAUGGCACCCUUUCAGUCCCUUCAAUGGCACCCUUUCAGUCCUUCAAUGGCACCCUUUCAGUCCCUUCAAUGGCACCCUUUCAGCCCCUUCAGUGGCACCCUUUCAGUCCCUUCAAUGGCACCCUUUCAGCCUUCAGUGGCACCUUUCAGUCCCUUCAAUGGUCCCUUCAAUGGCGCCCUUUCAGCCUCUCCAGUGGCACCCUUUCAGUCCCUUCAAUGGCACCCUUUCAGCCUCUCCAGUGGACCCCUUUCAGUCCCUUCAAUGGCGCCCUUUCAGCUCUCCAGUGGCACCCUUUCAGUCCCUUCAAUGGCACCCUUUCAGCCUCUCCAGUGGCACCCUUUCAGCCCCUUCAAUGGCACCCUUUCAGCUCCUUCAGUGGCACCCUUUCAGCCUCUCCAGUGGCACCCUUUCAGCCUCUCCAGUGGCACCCUUUCAGCCUCUCCAGUGGCACCCUUUCAGCCUCUCCAGUGGCACCCUUUCAGCCCCUGGCACAGCCCUGGCAACCCUUAGCCAGUGGCACCCUUUCAGCCUCUUCCAGUGGCACCCUUUCAGCCCUUUUUCAGGUGGCACCCUUUCAGCCUCUCUGGCACGCCUCUCCAGUGGCACCUUUCAGCCUCUCCAGUGGCACCCUUUCAAGUGGCACCCUUUCAGCCUCUCCAGUGGCACCCUUUCAGUGGCACCCUUCAAUGGCACCCUUUCAGCCUCUCCAGUGGCACCCUUUCAGCCCCUUCAGUGGCACCCUUUCAGCCCUUCAAUGGCACCCUCUCAGCCUCCACAGUGGCACGCUUCUCAGUCCCUUCAUUGGCACCUUCUCAGCCUCACCAGUGGCACCUUCUCAGUCCCUUCAUUGGCACCUUCAGCUCACCAGUGGCACCUUUCAGCCCUUCAGUGGCACCCUUUCAGUCCCUUCAGUGGCACCCUUUCAGUCCCUUCAGUGGCACCCUUUCAGCCUCUCCAGUGGCACCCUUUCAGCCCCUUCAAUGGCACCCUUUCAGCCUCUCCAGUGGCACCCUUUCAGGUGGCACCCUUUCAGCCUCUCCAGUGGCACCCUUUUAGGGCACCCUUUCAGCCCCUUCACCCUUCAGCCCCUUCAAGUUUCAGCCCCUUCAGCACCCUUUCAGCCCCCUUUAAUGGCACCUUUCAAUUGGCACCCUUUCAGCCUCUCCAGUGGCACCUUCUCAGUCCUUUUCAGCACCCUUUCAGCCCCUUCAGUGGCACCCUUUUUGGCACCUUUCAGUUCGAAAAUCUUGUUGAUAUGAUUUCGUUUAUAAAGGAUUUAGGAUAA